UGCUGUGAACAUUUUAAUCUCAAUUACUGUAUCUCCAUCUGUUCUCACUUCUCUUCUUCCAGCUCUGCUGUUGUGCAGACAUGAUGAGCAACAACAGCCUGAAUCCUUUGUAUUUUCGGUUCACUCUGUUUGCAGACUUUGGGCCCCUCAGGUAUCUGUUCUUCAGUCUGUGUCUGUUGCUCUACAUGACUAUUGUCUCUGCUAACGUUGUCAUUAUUCUGACAGUCUGUCUGGAGAAGUCUCUGCAUCAGCCCAUGUAUAUUUUUAUCAGCUGUCUGUCUUUUAACUCUCUGUACGGCUCAGCCGGCUUCUUCCCCAGGUUUCUGAUGGACCUUCUGUCUGACACUCAUUUAAUCUCACGUCCAUUAUGUUUCAUUCAGAUGUAUGUUAUUUACACCUAUUUAUCAUGUGAGCUGACUCUCCUCGGCAUCAUGGCCUAUGAUAGAUUUGUUGCUAUUUGCCAGCCUUUACACUAUUACAGGAAAAUGACAUUUAAGAUGGUAACACAGCUUGUGAUUUUUGCCGUGCUCUACCCUGUAUUUGCUAUGGGCUUCUCUUUCUAUCUUACUGUCAGAUUACCACUGUGUGGCAAUAAACUGAAUAGGCUGUUCUGUUCCAACUGGCCUGUGGUUCAGCUCUCCUGUGUGGACACAACUCUGAACAACAUAGUAGGAGAAGCUCGUCUGAAUUCAGAGGAAAGGCGUUCCAGACCUGCCUGCCUCACAUCAUCACAUUCACCACCUAUUCUCUCUCUGUCUUCUGUGAGCUGUCAUUGAGUCGAUUUGAGACUGAUAAAAGGAAUCCUAUCAUCACAGUUGUUUUAUCUUUACAGUAUUUGAUGGUCCCCCCCAUUAAUAACCCUCUAGUUUACGGCCUGAGUCUCCCUCAAAUCAAAGUAGUAAUUAUUAGAUUUUUGAAGAAGAUUC